AUGUCCUUCGAGGGGGCCAGGCUCAGCAUGAGGAACAGAAGGAAUGGCACGCUGGACAGCACCCGGACGCUGUACUCCAGCAUGUCUCGGAGCACCGACGUGUCCUACAGCGAAAGCGACUUGGUGAAUUUUAUUCAAGCAAAUUUUAAGAAACGGGAAUGUGUCUUCUUUACCAAAGAUUCCAAGGCCACGGACAAUGUGUGCAAGUGUGGCUAUGCCCAGAGCCAGCAUAUAGAAGGCACCCAGAUCAACCCAAAUGAGAAAUGGAGUUACAAGAAACACACCAAGGAAUUUCCGACAGAUGCCUUCGGGGAUAUUCAGUUUGAGACUCUGGGGAAGAAAGGGAAGUAUAUCCGCUUGUCCUGUGACACGGACGCGGAGACCCUCUAUGAGCUGCUGACCCAGCACUGGCACCUGAGAACUCCCAACCUUGUCAUUUCUGUGACUGGUGGUGCCAAGAACUUCGCUCUGAAGCCGCGCAUGCGCAAGAUCUUCAGCCGCCUCAUCUACAUCGCGCAGUCCAAAGGCGCCUGGAUUCUCACUGGAGGCACCCAUUAUGGCCUGAUGAAGUACAUUGGGGAGGUGGUGAGAGACAACACCAUCAGCAGGAAUUCAGAGGAGAAUAUCGUUGCCAUUGGCAUAGCAGCUUGGGGCAUGGUCUCCAACAGGGACACCCUCCUCAGGAAUUGUGAUGCUGAGGGAUAUUUCUCAGCUCAGUACAUAAUGGAUGACUUCAAGAGAGACCCUCUGUAUAUCCUGGACAACAAUCACACUCAUCUGCUGCUCGUGGACAACGGGUGCCAUGGACAUCCUACAGUUGAAGCAAAACUUCGGAAUCAGCUGGAGAAGUACAUUUCUGAGCGCACUAUUCAAGAUUCCAACUAUGGUGGCAAGAUCCCCAUUGUGUGUUUCGCCCAAGGAGGUGGCAAGGAGACUUUGAAGGCCAUCAACACCUCCAUCAAAAGUAAAAUCCCCUGUGUGGUGGUGGAGGGCUCAGGGCAGAUUGCAGACGUGAUUGCGAGCCUGGUGGAGGUGGAGGAUGCCCUGACGUCAUCCGUGGUCAAGGAGAAGCUGGUGCGCUUCUUACCCCGCACGGUGUCCCGGCUGCCCGAGGAGGAGACUGAGAGUUGGAUCAAAUGGCUCAAAGAAAUUCUCGAAAGUUCUCACCUAUUAACAGUUAUUAAAAUGGAAGAAGCUGGGGAUGAAAUUGUGAGCAAUGCUAUUUCCUAUGCUUUGUAUAAAGCCUUUAGCACCAAUGAACAAGAUAAGGAUAACUGGAAUGGGCAGCUGAAGCUUCUGCUGGAGUGGAACCAACUGGACCUCGCUAGUGACGAGAUCUUCACCAAUGACCGCCGAUGGGAGUCUGCAGACCUUCAAGAAGUCAUGUUCACGGCUCUUAUAAAGGACAGACCCAAGUUUGUCCGCCUCUUUCUGGAGAACGGAUUGAACCUGCGGAAGUUUCUCACCAAUGACGUCCUCACUGAACUCUUCUCCAACCACUUCAGCACCCUUGUCUACCGGAACCUGCAGAUUGCCAAGAAUUCAUAUAAUGAUGCCCUCCUCACAUUUGUCUGGAAACUGGUGGCUAACUUUCGGAGAGGCUUCCGGAAGGAAGACAGAAGUAGCAGGGACGACAUAGAUGUAGAAUUUCACGACGUGUCUCCUAUCACUCGGCACCCAUUGCAAGCACUCUUCAUCUGGGCCAUUCUUCAGAACAAGAAGGAACUCUCCAAGGUCAUUUGGGAGCAGACCAGGGGCUGCACUCUGGCAGCCCUGGGAGCCAGCAAGCUUCUGAAGACUCUGGCCAAGGUGAAGAAUGACAUCAAUGCCGCAGGGGAGUCUGAGGAGUUGGCCAAUGAGUACGAGACCCGUGCAGUUGAGCUGUUCACAGAGUGCUACAGCAGCGACGAGGACCUGGCGGAGCAGCUGCUGGUGUACUCCUGUGAAGCCUGGGGCGGAAGCAACUGCUUAGAGCUGGCGGUGGAGGCCACGGACCAGCACUUCAUCGCCCAGCCUGGGGUCCAGAAUUUUCUUUCCAAGCAAUGGUAUGGAGAGAUUUCCCGAGACACCAAGAACUGGAAGAUUAUCCUGUGUUUGUUUAUUAUCCCCUUGGUUGGCUGUGGCUUUGUAUCCUUUAGGAAGAAGCCCAUCGACAAGCACAAGAAGAUCCUUUGGUACUAUGUGGCCUUCUUCACCUCCCCGUUUGUGGUCUUUGCCUGGAACGUGGUCUUCUACAUUGCCUUCCUCCUGCUCUUUGCCUAUGUGCUGCUCAUGGAUUUUCACUCCGUACCACACUCCCCCGAGCUGGUCCUCUACGCACUGGUCUUUGUCCUGUUCUGUGAUGAAGUGAGACAGUGGUACAUGAAUGGGGUGAAUUAUUUUACUGACCUGUGGAAUGUCAUGGACACACUUGGGCUUUUUUACUUCAUAGCAGGCAUUGUGUUUCGGCUCCACCCUUCUAAUAAAACCUCUCUGUAUUCCGGACGAGUCAUCUUUUGCCUGGAUUACAUUAUAUUCACUCUAAGGUUGAUCCACAUUUUCACUGUAAGCAGAAAUUUAGGACCCAAGAUUAUAAUGUUGCAGAGGAUGCUGGUCGACGUGUUUUUCUUCCUGUUCCUCUUUGCGGUGUGGAUGGUGGCCUUUGGCGUGGCCAGGCAAGGGAUCCUCAGGCAAAAUGAGCAUCGCUGGAGGUGGAUAUUCCGCUCAGUUAUCUACGAGCCCUAUCUGGCCAUGUUUGGCCAGGUGCCCAGUGACGUGGAUGGUACCACGUACGACUUCUCCCACUGCACCUUCACUGGGAAUGAGUCCAAGCCCCUGUGUGUGGAGCUGGAUGAGCACAACCUGCCUCGCUUCCCCGAGUGGAUCACCAUCCCCCUGGUGUGCAUCUACAUGCUCUCCACUAACAUCUUGCUGGUCAACCUGCUCGUUGCCAUGUUUGGCUACACUGUGGGCACCGUCCAGGAGAACAACGACCAGGUCUGGAAGUUCCAGAGGUACUUCCUGGUGCAGGAGUAUUGCAACCGUCUGAACAUCCCCUUCCCCUUCGUGGUCUUCGCCUACUUCUACAUGGUGGUCAAGAAGUGCUUCGGGUGCUGCUGCAGGGAGGGAAACGCUGAGCCUUCCGCCUGCUGUUUCAGAAAUGAAGACAACGAGACUCUGGCGUGGGAGGGUGUCAUGAAAGAAAAUUACCUCGUCAAGAUCAACACGAAAGCCAAUGAUGCCUCGGAGGAAAUGAGGCAUCGCUUUAGACAGCUGGAUACAAAGAUUAAUGAUCUCAAGGGUCUUCUGAAAGAGAUUGCUAAUAAAAUCAAAUAGAAAUUCAUGGACUGUAAUGGAGAAAAAUCCGAUUAUAGCAAGGUGACAUCAGAAGUCUAGGUGGGAACAAGUCAAGGAAGGCUGAAGAAGAGCUUUGUUACUGACCACUCAGUGAGAACUAUUCAGGCCCUGGGUGUGCCCAGCAGAUGGUUUUCAUCGCCACAGUGUGCUCAAAUCUGAGAAACAGACAUGUGAUUGGUCUCACACGAGAAGAUGGAUGUGAAGGAAGAGCUUUUCCUGAGGGCUGCCCUGUUACUUCCUGAGUCUCCAUCACUCGUCCUCGCUGUGGAUCAUUGUAGAGUGUUCCUGCACUCGCCUUCUUUCUUCACUUCUCCCACUUCUGACCCAUGUGUACUGCAUCUCUCCUGGGAGUAAGAACUGGGUCAGGCCUCUCCUCCCAUGCCAGUGUUGUUUAGCGCAAUCGCUUCUCUGCUACUUCCCUUUGUGGACGAUGUGACUAGUUAGUUGGCGUGUUGUUUAAAGUCUGCCCAGUCAGGGCCGAUUCUGAACCACGGUGGAGCAAGAGAGCCCUGCUCUUCUCAGGAAAGACUAUUCUCACUUCUCGUUAUGCUUUUUAUUUAUCAGUGGAGGUGACACACCGGCAUCCUGUCUUCUCCCACUUCGCCAGGAGCUCUUAAAGAUGUGAAGAUGAAGAAUCACUCUGAAAUGGGACCUUGGGAGGCACCCCUGAUUUUGUAUUCAGGGGUUGCUCCUUUCUUCUCUUACUCAUUCUUUUCUCAGUAAAAAUAACCCAUGGAUAUUAUAGAAAAUUCAGACUACAUGGAAAAGUAGAAGGAGUAUAAAUAGUCCCACUAGUGGUUAAAGAUAAUCACUGCUAACAUUUUAGGGUGUGUUUCCAAAUCUAUUUUUUUCUAUGCAUAUUUUAUUUCUCUUAUAAGAUUUUACAUGAUGUCAUCAGACUACAUAUACAAUUUUGUAUAAGCCUUUUCACUUAGUAUUUUAUCAAGGACGUUUUUGUUAUAUUCAUGGUCGUCUUAAACAUUAUAUUAAUGAUUCAACCUCCAGUGAUUUCCGUAGUGCAGGUCAUUGAAGGCUGUUUCCAGUAGGUUGGGGGGAUGAGCUUGGUGCAUGCAUCUUUUUCUGCAUUUGGGAAAUUUUUCCAUAGCUAGACUCCUGGGAGUAGAUAUUGAUUAUCAAAUCAUUUACAAGGCUUUUUCAUAAAUGUAUAGCAAAUAGGAAUUAUUAACUUAAGUCUAAGAUAAGAGGCUCUUGAACUUAGAACUCUUAACAUAAGGUAUUAUAUUUAAUCCUUCGCCUAGGCAGAAAUCAACAUGCUUACUUAAAUAUUUUUGUGAGAUGCGUGAACUUAGAACUCUUAACAUAAGGUAUUAUAUUUAAUCCUUAGUUUAGGCAGAAACCGACACGCUUACUUAAAUAUUUUUGGAAAUUGGAGGUAUUGGUUUAGAAUUGGGGAGAUCAUCUAGCUGAACACUUCUAGUCUCAGCUUUCUCUGGAAGGGGAGGUAGCUUUGCCUAAAAGAUGUGCUAGAAGAACAUAAGGCACUUUAAAUGUCCAUAAUUAGUUUUUCCAGCUUUGACUAGACUAUAAACUCAGUGGCUGAAGAAGGAAAUCUUGGAAGGAAGCUAUUAAAAGAUCAUCUAAUUAAAAAAACUACAAAAGCAUGAACCAAAAAAAGUGUUUUAUCAUUUUGUCUGGGCUUUAGUUAAAAUGAUUACUCACAACAUUCAUAAUGUUGGCAGGGAAUGAAUUCAUGGGAAUGAAUGUCUUUUUUACUUAAACCUUAUUAAUGGCUUAAAGGGGAAUCCUCUUCAAUAGGGUUGAGGAGCUCGUGGUUUCAGAUGCUGAAAGUAGAUGGAAUAAAAUUUGUAUGACAGAAAUUGCCAAUGAGUGGAAUUUUCAAAACUUCUCUGUUUGUGGGAGAAUGUUCCUUUUGUUUCAACUAGAGUAUCUGCCUUUUCUAAAGCCACCAAGAAGAGUCCUAGGUUCUCUCCGUACUGCCUGGGAAAAAGAAAGUGUGUGGCAGUGUAUGUGUAAGGAGUCUCAGCCUCUUACUCUCAUUCAAAUAGUGAAUUUGAAUAAAGUCAGUAAAUAAAACUAUUUUCAGUUUGUCUCAUAAGACAAAAUUUAGCAUUAACUAUUGGCCGAUCCCCCUCAGCCUGUUCGUCCAUACACUCCUAUCUCCAUUGUCCGUGUUUUUGUUAGUUUAAGAAAAAGACCCACACACACCUUAGUAACAGCAGCACAAGAAGUUCUCCUGUUGACGAUAGUGAUGGAGAAACUGGCCCAU